AUGUUGCCUGGCCUCUGGCUGAUUCAGGCAAGCUACACACUGUUGCACACCGUUCACAUUCGCCCCAGCGACAAAAGUACCCUAGCCAAAUGUGUCUACACCUACCGCCUCCGCCAUGGUCUGUCGCUGAGGCGCUGGCCAUGUCACAUCUACAACGGCCGUCUACAACGCCUGGUAACAAGAACAGACUCUGAGCUACAGCUGACCCCCUUCCCCGGCUCGGUUGCAGUGUCGUCUGGCUGUGUGACAAAAGUUGUUAAAUAUUAA